AUGGCAUCAUGGGCUUAUUAUAUACUUUAUUCAAGUACAAAUCCUACUGGUUAUGGAAAUUGGCAAUGGUCUCGAGAAUUACAUUAUAUAACAACACGUUAUUUUAUGAAUGAAAUAUUUCAAACAAACCUUCAUGCUCUAUGGGAUGUUGACUUAAUGAUGGUGCGUCUUGAACGAGAUUUUCAACAGGAUACUUCUUGUUAUUAUGAUUAUAUUUAUCAAUUAAUGCUGAAUCAAUCAUCUUGUAAUAAUGAUGAUGACAAUAAUAUUGAACAAUUGGUUAAAAAAAGUUUUAAUUUAGUUUGUACACAAAUUUAUUUCGAUGAAAAUAAUGAAUUCAUCAGUUAA